AUGGUCCCAAAGAGAGAGGAGUUGCCUGGCCUGGAUGAUUAUUCACGAUCUCUUUCCAAAAAAGUCGCUGAAUAUGCCGGAGCCGAAGGCAAGCUUACAACCAUUGUUUGCAUGACCUGUGCAGAGAACUUCACGCCUCAUUUUGAUGGUGUAAAUGGAAUAACCCCGUGCGGGCAUAUGAGAAUAUGGAAGUUCGCCUAUCCAUAUGGUGGUGACAUCUAUAUUUUCAUCAGCUGUUACCAAUGUUCAAAGGAACAUAUGCAGCAGAUCAUGGAUCAAAGCAAGGUGCUGCAAACGACCGCAGGCAUGACUGAAGAAUUGUCGAAGUCUACUGAGCCAGCGAUGAAGCCUCAUCUCUACAAAGAAGUCAUCGCAAUCUACGGUAUGGACGCGAACAAUGUUGUCGUUUUGCCGGGCGCGCGUGACUGA